ACUCGCCACCCAGUUCUCAGUCCAGUCACCUCAAGUAAAGUGCUCGACGGUAUCUAAAUUUAUCAAAAUUGGGACCAAGUCGAGUUCGAAUUCGUUAAUCCGUCGCAGCAGCCAGUGGUGGUGGUCGAUCCCCGGCUGGCUGCUGUCUGCCCUCAACGAGAACUCCUUUCAUAAUAAAACCCCUCCUUGCCCAGCAUCAGAUACACACUGACACUGCACAAACACCGCCGCUACACGCGAAGCCAGUGGCCUAGCUAGCCAGGAAACGAUCUCGACAUGGUGGCCAUGGACAUGGCUCACAGAGACCACCUCCACGCGGCGCUCGACGGCCUCCUCGGGCUCGCCGCCCUCGCCUUGUGCGUCCUCGCCGAGGCCCUCGUGUUCGCGCUGCGCCAGCACGCGGCGCUCUACCUCGUGCCGGUCUCCACGAUGCUGCUCCUCUGCCGUUACAGCCGGCGUCGCCGCGCCGCGGGCGGCACGAUCGGGCUGGUCGACUUCUCGUGCCUCAAGCCGCCCCGCCGGCUCCGGCUCCCCGUGGCGGGCCUCCUCGAGCACUUCAACAUCAUCGGCUGCUUCGACAGCGGCAGCGUGGAGUUCAUGACGAAAGUCAUCGCGGCAAGCGGCAUGGGCAACGAGACCUACUUCCCGCCGGCGCUGCACUACAUCCCCCCCGCGGCCACGCACGCGCACGCCAUCCAGGAGGCCCACAUGCUCUUCUUCCCCACGCUGGACGACCUCUUCGCCAAGACCGGCGUGCCGCCCUCCGCCGUGGGCGCGCUCGUGCUCAACUGCAGCGGCUUCUGCCCGGCGCCGUCGCUCACCUCCAUCAUCGUCAACCGCUACCGGAUGCGCGGCGACGUCAGGACCUACAACCUGUCCGGGAUGGGCUGCAGCUCGGGGUCCAUCGGCGUGGACGUGGCCAGCGGCGUCCUGCGCGCGCAUCACGGCGCCAUGGAGUACGCCGUCGUGGUGAGCGCCGAGAUCAUCACCAUCGGCUGGUACAAGGGGAAAGACCACGGCAAGCUCCUCCUCAACUGCUACUUCCGCACGGGUUGCUCCGCCGCGAUGGUGACGAGCAAGCAGCGAGGCGGCGUGGAGGUCAAGUACCGGCUGGUGAACGUGACGCGCACGAACCAGACGGCGGACGACCGGAGCUACCGCGCCGGGUACAGGGACGAGGACGAGGAAGGCAUCACGGGGUUCACGCUGGGGCAGGGCGUGGGGCGCAUGGUCAGCGAGCUGCUGCGCGCGCACCUCGUCACGCUCAGCGUCUCCAUCCUGCCGUGGCGAGAGAAGCUGCGGUACCUCGUGGCAUUGCUCGUGUCGAUGCGGCGGCGGCGGCGGCAGGACAAGCUAGCAGGCACCAGCGGCGGCCGCGUGCCGCUGCCGGACUUCCGCGCGGCGGCGGACCACUUCUGCCUGCCGUCGUCCGGGCGGCCGAUGAUAUGGCGGCUGGGACAGGGGCUCGGGCUGGGCGAGAGGGAGAUGGAGGCGGCGCUCAUGGCGUUCCACCGGUUCGGGAACCAGUCGGCGGCAUCGCUGUGGUACCAGCUGGCGUACCUGGAGGCCAAGGGGAGGAUCAGGAAGGGCGACACGGUGUGGCAGCUCGGCAUUGGGAGCGGGCUCAAGGCCAACAGCCUGGUCUGGGAGCGCAUCGCCGACGCCGACGAGGUCGCCGGCGGGCUCGACUUGACGGGGCCGUGGAUGGAGUGCAUCCAUCAGUACCCCGUGUGGGAAGCGUAGGAGAAGCAUGAAUUGAUGCUUCCUCGUGGUGGCUACGUACUACGUAUGCGUGCAUGCCAUCGUGCCAUCUUCGACCAAUCGGUGCUGUUUGAAGAAGAAGCCAACAGAAGAGAAGGGAUGACGACUGCAUGCGGUGAUCGAGUCUAUUAUCAACAUGGUUCGAUCAUUUUAUGAGUUAAUCGAGUCUUUUAAUUGCUUCGAUCAUUUUUAUUCCAACUCCAAGAAGUGUACUAAUACUCCUCUGUAUUAGUUUGGUUGUAAUGCUCCAAAACCUUUUCUUCCAUGAAAAGGAAAAUUAUACUGAUAGGCCAGGUGCAAAUGCUACAUUCACGGGAAUUUCCUUUCCCCCUUUUCUCGGAGAGCGCAGGCGGCCAACUUUGUUUGA